AUGAGCUCAGUUCAUGUUGCUUAUUCAGUCCUUCUCCUGUUUCUGCUCUUACAUCUUUGUGAUUCUCGGCACCUCGACAAAGUUCACAUCAAGGAUCAAAAAGUCGUUUCUGGUCCCACAUCAAAAGAGCCGGCUAGAGUUUCUCUGUUUGUGCCAGACGAAAAGAAGAACCACCAUCGUCGGCCGCCGCUCUUCGUAGCAGAUUAUCCGAAGCCGUCCACUCGGCCUCCACGUCAUAACUGA